GUAACGUACACAUGCGUCACAAAAGCGGAAACAGGAGAAGAAGUCGAUGAAGUACUUCCAGUUUAUGUCGGCGUGUGUUCAUCGUCCCGGGCAGAAGUUUGCUGUAGUUGACCGCUCAUUUCUUCAUAAAAACACAAAAUCCAGCAGCAGAGAUGGCGAGAAACGCUGAAAAGGCAAUGACGGCUCUGGCUCGGUUCAGACAGGCUCAGCUGGAGGAGGGAAAAGUCAAGGAGAGGAGGCCGUUUCUGGCAUCAGAGUGCAGUGAACUUCCUAAAGCUGAGAAAUGGAGGCGACAGAUCAUCAGUGAGAUCUCAAAGAAGGUGGCUCAGAUCCAGAAUGCUGGUCUCGGGGAGUUCAGGAUUCGGGAUCUGAAUGAUGAGAUCAACAAGCUGCUGAGAGAGAAGGGUCACUGGGAGGUCCGGAUCAAAGAACUGGGAGGACCUGACUACGCGCGAGUCGGUCCGAGGAUGUUGGAUCAUGAGGGGAAGGAGGUUCCAGGAAAUCGAGGAUAUAAAUACUUUGGAGCAGCCAGAGACCUCCCCGGAGUCAGAGAGCUGUUUGAGAAGGAGCCUGCCCCGGCGCCGAGGAAGACGAGGGCGGAGCUCAUGAAAGACGUGGACGCAGAGUAUUAUGGAUACAGAGACGAAGAUGACGGAGUGCUGCUUCCUCUAGAGGCGCAAUACGAGAAACAAGCUGUGAUGGAGGCGAUGCAGAAGUGGAAGACGGAGAAGGAGUCUCGUCUGUCAGGGGACAAACAACAGCAGGAGGAAGAGGAGGAGGAGGAGAGCAUCUACACUGUCCACAACGAAGAGCCUGAUGAAGAGGAGAGCCGGGAGGAGCAGGAGGGAGAGGAGGGAGGAGUCACCUUCAUCGCACAUGUACCUGUUCCCUCACAGAAGGAGGUGGAGGAGGCCCUGGUCAGGAGGAAAAAGAUGGAGCUGUUGCAGCGUUAUGCCAGCGAGGCGCUUCAGGCACAGAGUCAGACUGCCAGAACUCUGCUGGGAUUGUAAUCUGUCUGUCACCUGUCUGUCUGUUGAUGUAAAUUUCAGCUCAUUUUUAUACUUGACCUGUUUCUUAUUAAAAUGUUUUCAGCACAGUUUGUUGUUUGUGCUUUUGUUGGCUGUACAGAUUUUCAGAUUGUUUUUUUUUUGUUAAUGGAGAAUCUGCAGAUUUACAGGAGCACUGAAAUCACUUUCAACUGUGUCUCAUAACCUGUCAAAUCAGAAAACACCCGUCUUGUGUGCCAUGUUUUGACUCUACACUUCUUAUGUAUUACAGCUUGAAAUGUCCAUUAAAAUCCAUCUUAUCAUGUGA